CUCAAACGGAGAGGAGGAGAAAGGAAGAGUGAAAGGCACUAACCACUGUGAGGGAAAUAAAAGUUUAACCAUGUGGUGUAGGAUGAAAGAGGAGACAUGGGGAAGAAGCAACUUUAAUAACACUGCAUCAUCAUCACCAUCAUCAUUAUCAUCAUGCUGUGUCCUUUUUUCAGAAACACACACACCUUCACUCUCCAAAUCUUAGAAUUCUACUCUCUCACUCUCUCUCUCAUGAUUUGAAUACAUAACUUGCUUUCUGUAUUAUUACUAUUGCAUACUAUCAUACAUAUUGGUCAACUCUUUUGUUGGUUGCUGCUCCACCUAAAGCUUUUACUACAACGUUCCCUCUCCCUAUAAAUACCACUCUCCCUCAUCACACCCUUAACAUCUUUCUCACACACAAACCCUAUUUUCAAACUGCAGAAAGCAAUACUAUCACAAAAACCUCUUAGUGUAGAUUCUAAACCUCAACAUGUCUGAUUCUUAUGCUAGUACCUUUCACUCUCCCACUCCAAACAACACCCAUGCAACCCCCAAAAUCACCUCAUUAUGCUCAAUAGCUCAACCUUACUGUAUUUGCACUCACUGUAACCACAUCCUCUCCUUCAACCACCAUGUUGGUAAUGCAGCAGAGGAAGGGACAAAUAACACAGGGUCCCAUGUUCAGUCCCAGCAAAGCACAAGGUGGAGUCCAACACCAGUUCAGUUACUGGUCCUUGAGGAAUUGUAUAGGCAAGGAACUAAAACACCAUCAGCUGAACAGAUUCAACAAAUAGCUUCACAGUUGCGGCAGUUUGGGAAGAUUGAAGGGAAGAACGUGUUCUACUGGUUCCAGAAUCACAAGGCGAGAGAGAGACAGAAGAGGCGCCGCAGGGAGAUGGAGGAAAACAAUGCUGCUUCUUCUAGCGAAGGUUUGAAAGAGACAGGUUGUGGAGUUAAAGAGACAAAGAAGUGGGCAUCCACUUCAAACUGCAGUCGACAUGCAGAGGAAUCUGCUGCACCGGAUACAGCAGAAAAGGGCUCUAAUGGGUGGACUCAGUUUGAAGAGAGAGGCAUACAAGUUUUGAGGAGAAACAUAUCAGAAAGAAGGUUGCAAUUGCAAGAUAACAUGGAAAUGCCUUGUUUCCCUCCCACUACUAUGGCAGCUCUCGCAACCUCACACAGAACACUUAACACACAACUUUUAAUCCCUCAAAGUUAUAACAGAGAAAGUUUAAACUACUAUGAUGCAGAAAAUGCAGAUCCUCGAACCCUCGACCUAUUUCCACACAAGAGUGAUGACCAAGAUGGCAUUUGUCUUGCUGAGAGGAAAUCCAUGUUCUGUGCCAGUGCUUCUAUGGACACUGAUAUCACCUCCACCCAGUUUUUUGAGUUUCUUCCUUUAAGAAACUGAAUCUGAUUUUUAGAAUACAUAUGUUGUUUAACAAAAAACAAUUGGCUUUAAUGAAUAAUAUAU